GUUUCUUGGGACUACCAUCCAUGGCGCCAGCAGGGCGCGUGGAAGCUUUCCACCAGCGUAGCCAAUAAUGACUAGAGUCGAGCUAGUUUAGGGAUCUAGCAGUGAAAACACUGAAUGGCCUCCGAUAAUUGGCAGCACCAUAUAAGAUAGGCGUUGGGAGAAGAGGCGACAGCGCAUAGCAGCAGCGCAGCGGACACCCCCUUAUAUCGGGUCUCGACGGUUCUGCGAGCAACGGUGGGUUCCCAUCACUCUCGAACCCCGAGCCCUAAUCGCGGGGGAAGCGCGCUUACUCACCCUCCCGUCGAUUCCUGUUACGCCAUCGAUACUCUCUCUCCCGUCACUGACGCAAGGUCGCGUCGCAUCUCUCACCUCCGUCGCACGCUCCCUCUCCCUUCGCGCUUCUCUUCCCAGGGCAAUUCUCUUUCCCCCUCUCCUCCACGUUCCUUUCCUUUCGCUCUUUCCUAGUCCGCCGUGAAGCGAUGGAUAGGCGCGGGGGGGAGGAAUGGAUAGGCGCUGGUAUGAGGGAAUAGCGAGCAGUCUCCUCCUCUCCCGCUCUACCCGUCUUGGAUCCCCCUCCUUCCCCCCAGUUUCCCUUCUCAUUCCCUUCAGCUCCCCCUCUCUUUCCCCUCUGCUCCCCUACUCUUUCCCCUCUGCUCUCCCUCCCUUUUCCUCCAGCCUCCCCAGAGUUUCCACUUGUUCUCCCCUAUCCUCUUCUCUCUUUCCCCCUGUCCUCCUCUCCCUUUCCCCCUGUCCUCCUCUCCGUUUCACCCUAUCCUCCUCUCCCUUUCCCCCUGUCCUCCUCUCUGUUUCCCCCUCCCUUUCCCCCUGUCCUCCUCUCCGUUUCACCCUAUCCUCCUCUCCCUUCCCCCCUUGUCCGUCUCUCCCUUUUCCCCAGUCCUCCCUCCGUUUCCCUCUGUCUUUCCUCUCAGCGCCCCCUCUCUUAACCGUUGUGAGUCCAUACCCCUCAGCACCCCCUCGUUCCACCCAGGUCCCCUCUCUAUCCCCUCAGCUGCCCCGCUCUUUCCCCGUCGCAGGGGGGAACCCCUGUGGCAUCUCCUGGUGUUCAUUCCAGACCCUGGCUCCCACAGCCCCAGCUCCCCCUCUCUAUCCGCCCUCCUCUGCCUCUCCUCUGCCUCUUCUCCCCUCAGCUCCCCGUCUCUUUCCCCUCGCCCGUCUCAUCCUCCCCCCGUUUUCAUCACGCCCCUUGCUUACCUUCCCCCCACCUUCUCGCCUUCUUUCCCCCCUCACCUUGUGACUGUAAAGGGAAAGGCUGCCGAGUCAGGGGGCAGGACCUUAGGGCUGUCCUCGGCGUGCAAAUGAAUAUUGUCUAUAUACGCCCUAAAACUAAACACCUUGGUUUUUGUUAUUCCUGUGUUUUGCAUACUACUCGACACAGCGUGUUGUGAUCUGGGUGCUGCUAAAAUAUUAUAUUGUUUCAUUCCUACUUUAUCCUUGCUUUGAGAACGAGUACUUCGAAUCCUAUCCAGAGGCCUGGUGGUAACUAACUAAAACCUUCCUAGGCAUCCCCAGACGACGUCUUCGUAUACUCCCUGAAGCCUGUGAGAAUCCUUCCUUCCAGGGCCUGCCCCGAAGUUUGCCCCCAGCGCGGAACGUAACCAAAGCGUACCUAGGGUUUGGGGACACUCGGUCUUGCCACGUUUCAGCCGCAGCGGAACAGUUGGUUUUCUGAAUUGUCUUCCGCGAGCCACCAGAAUCGGCCUCUAGUUUUGUCGCCACCAUGGCUGCUCCUCCCGCCGCCACCCGCCUCGCAGGGAAGGUGAAAUCGGGGCGGAAGAGAGGCGGAGCGGGCGGAGUGCCAGAAGCGCGGGGAGGAGGGGGAACUGCGGAAGAGGGGCGCGACGGGGAUGGCGGAGGACAGGAAACUGGCGCAACGGGUGGUAGAGGGGAUGGGGGAGCAGAUGGCGGGCGGAAGGGUGCAGGCGCGGAUGGGGGACGGGUUGCAGCAGGAGGGGAUGGGCGCGGGGAGGAGGCAGCAGCGGGGGAAGCGGCGGGGAGAAGUGACGUUGAUCGGAACACGGUGUUUGUGCGCAACGUAUCGUUUAAAGCCACUCAGAGCGAUCUCGAGUCAUUCUUCUCCACCGUUGGCCCCAUCCGAAAGUGCUUUCUUGUUGGGCAGAAAGGCGCAGAAACGCAUCGAGGAAUGGGAUUCGUCCAAUUUGCACUGGCAGAGGACGCCGAGAGGGCAGUGAGGGAGCUCGGGGGAAAGCGCCUGGAAGGCAGACCGUUGGCUGUGGAGCUGGCCAAGAAGAGAGCCUCUCUGGGCGAGAGACUGGCGAAGAGAGGCCCCAGGGAGCAAGCUCAUCAAGUGGAGGACCAGGACGACUUGACGGGCUUGCGUGGCUUGGGAAGGAAUAGUGCUGCUGAUGGCGCAGGGAGGAGCAACGCUACUGCUGAUGCCAUGGGGAGGAGCAGACCCACUCGAAUAACUUUCUCUGAUGCUGCCGCGUUUGCUGCUGCUCCUGCUGCUCCUGCUGCUCCCGCUGCACCUGCCGCGCCUGCCCUCCCUGCUGCCCCUGCCCUACCGGCUGCUCCUGCUGCCCCCAAGUUUGCUGCAUGUGCUGCUGCCCGAGCAGCUGCUGUCUACUCUGCUGCCCCUUCGAUUCCCGCUGCCGCUGCUAUUCCCGCUGCUCCUGCUCUCCCUGCCGCUCCUGCUGCCCCUGCCGCCCCUGCUGCCCCUGCUGCUCCUGCUGCUGUGAGUGCACCUGCUGGAGGUGGUUACAAGGCAUCGGCUUCAUUACCAGGCAAGGCAGGUGAGGGGAGCAGCAAGAAGGAGAGGAAGGGCAAAAAGGCACAAUCUGCCGCAGCUGCUGCAGCUGCUGCUCCUACCCAGACUGCGGCUGCUGCAUCCGCCGCUGCGAAGUCUCCAGGAGGCAGCAAGAAGGAGAGUGGCGGGGCGUCGUUGAAGCAGAGGCCAGCCCGCACGGUGGUGUUUGGAGGGUUGGCAUCCCCAGCAGCAGUGGCGCAUGUUCUCUCUGCUGCUGGUGCCAUCGCUGCCCCAGAGGAGGUCACAAACCCACUUCCAGAGGAUGGGCUGAAGGACAGAGGCCUGGCUCUCGACGGUUGCACCCCUCCUUCCCUCUCCGUCGUCUUCCCCUCGGUGCGCGCCGCCCGCCAGGCAGUGGAGACACUGCACGGAUGUCUGGUGGAGGGUGGAGUCACUGUGUGGGCGAGACAGCUGGCAGGCGAGGGCUCGAAGACUCUCAGCAAUCGAGUGAUCGUUCGCAACCUACCCUUCAAGGUGGCAGAAGGAGAUUUGAGAAAGGCCUUCGCUGUUGCAGGCUUCCCAUGGGCCAUCAAGAUACCACAAGGGGAGGAUGGCAGGCCGCGAGGAUUCGCCUUUGUCACAUUCACUACGAAGAGCGAUGCAGCAAAGGCAGUUCAGAAGGUCAAUGGCGCCACCAUUUGCGGUCGAGCGGUGUCGGUGGGGUGGGCGGUGGCCAAGAGAGAGCACAUGGAGAGUGUGGAGAGGGAGAAGGCCAAGGAGAACAGAGAUGGCUUGUCGAUGUUGUUUGAUGAUGAAGACGAUGAGAUGAAUGAGGGGGAGGAGGGAGAGCACGAGGAGGGGGAGGAGGAGGGGGAGGAGGAAGAGGAGGAGGAAGAGGAGGAGGACGAGGAGGAGGAAGAAGAAGAGGACGAUGAGGAAAGGGAAGCAAGAGUGAAUGGGCUAUUGGAUAUGGAAGCAGAGGAGGAUGAGGAGGAGGACGACGACGACGAGGAGGAAGAGGAUGAAGAGGAGGCGGAAAGCGAGGAAGAACAGGAUGAGGAUGGGAGUGAGGAGGGAGAGGGAGAGGAGGAAGAAGAGGAGGACGAUGAGGAGGAAGAGGAAGAGGAAGAAGACGAAGAGGAGGACGAGGAGGAGGACGAGGAUGAAACAUCGGAUGAAGAUGAGGAGGAGGAGGAGGAAGCCGACUGGGAGAUGGAGAUGGGUGGCGGCGGCACUAGUGGGGCGGCGCAAGGGAAUGAGAGGGACAUGAUGCUCCGUGUGCUGUCACGUGUGGUGGAGCUGGGGAAGGGGCAGCAGGAGAAGGGGCAGCCAGGGGAGGAUGUAGGGGCGAAGGUGAAAGGCGUCGUUGUGAAAAUUGGGAAGGAAGGGGAUGCGGGGAGAAAAGGGAAGGUGGGGAAGGCAGGGGAGGGAAAGAAGGGUGGUGGGGAAAGUGCAGCAGCAGGAAAGAAGAAAGACUCUAGUGGUGGCAAGGAGGGAGGGACGGAUGCUGCUGAGGAAGGGGAGGUGAACGAAGAGGAAGAAGCAACGGCAGGGAAGGGAGGGAAGGAAGAGACUGGAGCCAAGGAAGAGCCACCACCAGCGACGGUGUUUGUGAGGAACCUUCCGGUGGAUGCCUCGGCUGACCGCAUUCGAGCGGCGUUUGAGCGGUUUGGGAAGGUGGCUGACUGCCGUGUGGUGCUGCACCCGGUUACCAGGCGUUCCCGUGGCUCGGCAUUCGUCCGUUUCGAAACGCCCGAAGCCGCCCAAGCCUCCGUGGCAGGCUCGGUCCGAGCCGCGAAGGCCAGGGCCGAGGCUGGAGGGUCAAAGGGGAAGGGGGGAGUGGAGGAGGGGGUGGUGGUGGUGGGGGGCCAGCAGGCCCUAGUGACUCUGGCGGUGCGGAGAGAGGAGGUGGCGAAGGUGGUGGAGAAGAGGAAGCAGGCGGAGCUGACAGGCAAGGGGAGGGAGGAGGACAGGAGAAACCUUCACCUGCUGGAGGAGGGGGUGAUCAAGGAGGGCACAAGGGCAGCAGAGGGGAUGCCAGCAGCAGACAUGGAGAAGAGGAAGAGACUGCAGCGCGAGAAGCUGCUGAAGCUGCGCAGCCCCAACUUUGCAGUGUCUUUGACCCGCCUGGCGGUGCACAACGUGCCGCGGGAGAUGGGCGAGAAGGAGCUGAAGCAGGUGUUUCUGGAUGCAGUGAAGGCCAGAGCUAAGAAGCAGAAGCCGCAAGUCAAACAGGUCAAGGUCUUGAGGGAGACAGACCGGGUGGGGCCAGACGGCAAGCCGCGGUCCAAGGGAGCAGCGUUCAUCGAGUUCAGCGAGCACCAGCACGCCGUGGCGGCUCUGAGGGCGCUCAACAACCACCCCACUAUUUUCUCGCGCGACGGUCGCCCCAUCGUGGAAUUUGCGAUCGAGAACAUCUCUAUCGUCAAGCAGAGGCAGCAGACGGUCCGGCAGCAGAGUGACAGGCGGCAGCACGACAGGCAGCAGAACCGACAGCAGAAGCAGCGGCCAGCGCAGGGGCAACUGGAGCAGCCACAGGCCAUUGGAGAGGCAGGCGAAGGGAAGGGUGGAUUGGGUGGCAAGGCUGGGGCUGCUGGCUCGGGCGGUGCAAGAGGGGCGAAGAGAAAGGCUGAGGGGAGAAAGGUGGAGGGGAGUCAGGGUGAGGGGAGUACAGGCAAGGGGGCCGAGGCUGUUGGAAUCAAGGCGCCUGCUGCUAGUGUGGCUGACAGCCUUCCAGCAAGGAAGAAGCAGAAGCAGGCGCAGCAGGCGCAGCAAGGGAAGGGACAAGAGGUGCCACAGAAGGGAGCAGGUGGAAAGGCAGUGGGUGCAGCACAGCAGGGCGGCACGAGCGGCAUUGGGAAGGUGGAUUUGAAGCGGAAGCACAAGGCAGCAGCAGUGAAAUCCGGUGCGUCUCCUGCUGCUCCUGUCAACACGGGUGGCGCAUCCCCUGCUGCUGCAGUGAAGGCUGCUGGUGCCUCUCCUGCUGCUGCUGCCAAGACUGGUGGUGCCUCCCCUGCUGCUGCUGCUGCUCCUGUGAGACCCAGCGUCAAGGCAAAGGCGGAUGCAAGGAAGCGAGCAGAAGCAGCAGCAGUGAUGGAUGCUAGGCGGGCGCAGGCAGCACUAACUGGAGUAGGGGCUGGUGGGGGGGGGGAGAGGGGCAGGGUGAAGAGCAGGAAGGGGUCUGAGCACCAGGAGUUGGUGGAUGAGCUUGAUAGGCUCGUGGCGGAUUACAGGGCGAAGAACUAUGGGUAAGGAGAUGAGUCUAAAUGGAGGGGAGCAGGAGAGGAGGGACAGAGGGGAGAGGCACGAAGCCAUCUACGCUCCAGGAGUUGGUGGAUGAGCUUGAUAGGCUCGUGGCUGACUACAGGGCGAAGAAGUAUGGGUGAGGGUGUUAGAAUGAGAACUGAAUGAUUGAGUAGAGAGAGAGUACAGGUGAAUAUACCUAAGUGUUGUACCCUCUAAGAGGUGGCCCUAUACAGUCUAUGCAAAUAUAGGAGAUACACAUGU